AAAAAUACCACGAACAAUUUUUCUAGAUAAAAAAAACGUAUCUUAGAAGGACACACAGCAGAAAAGUCCUGCGUGUAUUUAUUGUAAGAUUUUCAGGUAGGUGGAGAGAUAAGUAAUACUAUCAUGUCCUCCAUGAAUACGUUUGGAAGGAUUUCAGUAUGUGGAGCUAUAUCUGCAUCUAAUGAGAAAAGUACCCCAAAAGCAUCCAUUGUUCAGUUGCUGUUAGUGGGGCAUGAGUUAAAAAUGAGAGGCUUCCUAGUCAACAGAUGGAUAAAGAGAUGGUUUGAAGGUAUCGAACAAAACAAAACUUGGAUACAAGAAGGAAAGUUAAAAUAUCGCGAGACUGUGACAGAGGGUUUUGAAAACAUGCCUAAAGCCUUCAUUGAUAUGUUUAAUGGCGUAAAUUUCGGAAAAGCUAUUGUCAAAGUCUAAUGACAGUUAACUUUUUUAAAUAAAUUACAAAAAAAUUA